AUGGCUCUGGGCCGUCCUCCCUUGGCCCGACUCGGAUUUUCUACCUCCACCGCCUCCCGCCGAGUCUGGCGCACAUCAGCAACGCUGGCUCCCCCCACUUCAGCAGCCCCUCCUUCCUCCUUUUCUCCCCCCACUAGGCCUUCUACUUCCUCUCUCUCUCGAGUCUCUCUGCUUGCCAGACAUUUCUCUUCCCCCGCGUCCACCAUGUCGUACACCGUCCGCAAGAUUGCCCAGCCCUAUACGCUGGAGCACCGUGUUUACAUCGAGAAGGAUGGCGUCCCCGUCUCUCCCUUCCACGACAUUCCCCUCUACGCAGAUGAGGCCAACGGCAUCCUGAACAUGGUCGUUGAGAUCCCUCGCUGGACCAACGCCAAGCAGGAGAUCUCCAAGGAGGAGUUCCUCAAUCCCAUCAAGCAGGACACCAAGAAGGGCAAGCUUCGCUUCGUCCGUAACUGCUUCCCCCACAAGGGUUAUCUCUGGAACUACGGUGCCUUCCCCCGCACCUGGGAGGACCCCAACUCCAUCCACCCCGAGACCAAGGCAAAGGGCGACAACGACCCUCUGGAUGUCUGCGAGAUCGGCGAGCUGGUCGGCUACCCCGGUCAGGUUAAGCAGGUCAAGGUUCUGGGUGUCAUGGCCCUGAUCGACGAGGAGGAGACCGACUGGAAGAUCAUCGUCAUCGACGUCAAGGACCCCCUGGCUGCCAAGCUGAAGGACAUCGAGGAUGUCGAGAGCCACCUGCCCGGCCUUAUGCGCGCCACCAACGAGUGGUUCCGCAUCUACAAGAUUCCCGACGGCAAGCCCGAGAACCAGUUCGCUUUCUCCGGCGAGUGCAAGAACAAGAAGUACGCCGAGGAGGUCAUCAAGGAGUGCUCCGAUGCCUGGGAGAAGCUCAUGUCCGGCAAGGCCCCCGCCGGCGACAUCAGCGUUGCCAACACCCAGCUUGAGGAGAACCGCGCCGAUGCCGCCCAGGUGGCUGCCAUCCCCCGCGGCGAGAACCUGCCCCCGCUCCCAUUGACGGAAGCAUUGACAAGUGGUUCUUCAUCUCUGGCGCUGCCGCUUAAAUGUUGCCCUUCGCUUUUUAAAGAAUACCAAAUUCAAAAUGCUGAUUGA